CAGGGUGGCCCCGGUGAGCCCAUGGUGUGGCACACAGAGCUGAGGCAUCAAUAAAUACCCUUGUUUCUGAUGUGCCCUGAGCUCUGGCAGGCUCAGUGGGAUGCCCUGGGUGGGAAGGGAGCAAUGCCCUGCAGGAGCAGAUCCUGCCAUCUCUGGUGGAUCCUGCAUUUGCCUGGCUGCAUCCUGCACACGCACGCAAGAGCUGCUGGAGGGCUCCAAGGCAACACUUCAGGGUUGAGGUCUGACCUGGAAAGCCCAAGGGUACCUGUGAAGCUCCCAAACCUCCCCUCACAUCAGCUCCAGUGCUGUGGGAAACUCACUGUGCUUUUUGUUCCCUCUCUUUUUGUUGGGAUGAAUCUGUGCCCUCUGCUGCUCUUCCCCAGUGCCAGUGCUGUGCCAGAGGGUCCCACAUGACACUGGCACCCAGCAUGGGCCAGACCAUGGGAAGAAAACCUGAAGCAGGGCUGCCCUCCUCCCUGGGCCACCUCCACCUGAGGUCACAGAGUGCAGUGGUGCCUGCUUGUGCCAAGGAAAGUUAAGCAGUAACUGGGACAUGGCCAUGAGAAAGCCGUGGGUGCUGGAGGGGCCAGGGAGCUCCCCAUGCAAAGGUCAUUCAGGUACAGCUCACCCAGAGUCCCUGCUGGUCCCUGUCCAAAAGCCCAUGGUGUCCCAAGCAGGGACACGGGGCAAGGGCCAAGGACCAUGCUGGGUGCUCCAGCUACUUCGGGGCAGGAGGUGGAGGGUGCAGGGCACAGCUGAGGGCUGGCAUAGGGGCAGGGUGGGCAGCGGGGCAGGCUUUCGGCAGGGGUGCUAUGGCAGGGUGUGCUGCUGGAGGGGCAGCAGCGGCUCUGGCAGUGUGGGGGGAGUGCUGGUUCUCUUAGACAUGGAGGGAGCAUCCCCAGGCAGAGGGCCUGUGGGCGGCCGGCUCCCCCAUGCGGGACAGGGCGGGGGUCUCUGGGGGAGAUGCAGGAUGUCAGGAUGGGCUGGGGCCAGGAGCAGGGGUGCCUCUCGGGUGAAGGAGGAGUGCCAAGGUGCAGCGGAAGGGUGGGGCAGAGGGUUCCCCCUCGGCAGAAGAGGGGGCCGGCGCGGCCGCCCGCCCCGGACAGACCCCGGCGGGCCAGGGAAGGGGCGGCUCUGUCCGGCCCUCCCCGCAGCUCCCGGGGCCCGCGCCGCGGGCUCGGUGCGGAGCCGUGCCGAGCUGGGGAGCUCCGCCUGUCGAGACGUGACCCCCGGGGUACCUGCCCCGCAUCCACCGGGGCAGGGUGGGUGGUCCCGUGCCCCGACGACACCGACAGCUCCUCUCGGUGCCCAGGUGUCCAGAGGAGCUGCUGCCAUGGAGCUGGGGAACAUCUCGAAGCCCACGUACGGGCCUGGCCCCGAGGCGCCGGGGAGCAGCACGCCGGGGAUGGUGGCAAUGGCACACGGCUUCCUGCGGCUGGUGCAGCCACACGCCCUGCCCAUAGACCUGAUUAAUUUUGGGCAGCCCCAGAACGGGUUCAGCCAGGAGGACAUCCGCAAGCUGCUGCUCUACGAACUGGGUUUCCUGGUCUGCGUGGCCAUUGGAGUCGUCCUCAUCAUCCUCGUGCCGCUGGUGGGAUGCUGCUUCUGCUGCUGCCGCUGCUGCGGGCACUGCGGGGGCCGCAUGUACCAGAAGCAGGGCCGGCGGAUGGGCUGCCGGCGCCGGGCGCUCUGGGCCUCUGUCCUGCUGGUCUCCGCUUUCCUCCUGGCUGGUGGUGUUUGUGCCCUCAUCAGCAACACCCGCUUCUCCCAGGCUGUGAAGAGCACCUUUCCCAAUGUGAACAACACUCUGGAUGAUGUCCAGACCUACCUGGCCUCCAUCCCCCAGCAAGUUGAUUUUAUCAUCAACAAGAGCGAUGUCCCGCUGGACUAUGCCAACCGCAGCCUCCAGGACAUUGGGCCCAAACUGGGCAGUAUGAUCGCCUCACGCAUCAGGAGCAGCACGGAUGGGGCUCUGGGGUCUCUCCAGAGCCUCUUGCAAGGGAUGGAGAUGCUGAAGGACACCUUUGCCAACAUUUCCAUCAGCCGCUCAGAGCUCGAGGAGCUGCAGAGCAACUACAGCCAGUGGUUGGUCAGCCUGCGGGACAGGCUCAACAACACCCUGCAGAAAUGUGGCCCCCCCUGCAGCCAAGUGUCCCUGGAUGGGCUCGCCUUCACUGCCAACUUCAGCACGAUCCCAGGUGUGGAGCAGCAGCUGGAGGCGCUGCGUGAGGUCUCUGAGUCAAACAUAGAGACUGAUUUAGAGGAGGUUAACAAAACACUGGGCAUGACCCCUGACAAGGUGCAAGAGCAGUCCCAAGAAGUGGUGGCAAAGAGCCAGGACCAGCUGAUCCUCGUCAGGCAGGAGAUCAGAAGGUUGCAGGAAGGGUUGCCGCUCCUGGAUGCAAAGGAGAAAGUUGGGGCCUUUGUGAAUGAUGCGACAUCGGUGCUGGAGGAGUACAGGGAGCCGAUCAUCGCCUGGGAUGGGCUCAGGUUGAUCGUGUGUACCCUCCUGUGCUGCACAGUGCUGCUGGUGGUCCUCUGCAAUGUUUUUGGGCUGCUGCUGGGGCCCCUGGGGCUGAAGGAAGGUGUGCUGCCCACACAGCGCAGCAGCCUCUCCGAUGCUGGCGGGAACUUCUUCAUGGCAGGGGUUGGUUUCAGUUUCAUCUUCUACUGGCUGCUCAUGCUGCUGGUGAUGAUCGUCUUCGUGCUAGGGGGGAACAUUUACAUGCUCUUCUGUGAGUCCUGGCACAACCAGCAGCUCUUCCAGCUCCUCGAUACCCCUGGCAAGAUCCCUAACUUCAAUCUCUCAGAGCUGCUGGGCCUGAAGGGUGACACAACAAACUUCUCAGAGAUAUACAGGCAGUGCCAGCAAGAUGCUUCCCUGUGGCAAACUCUGCACUUGGACCAGAGCGUGUCCCUGGAUGAGCUCUUGAAUAUCAGCCAGUACACAGGAAACAUCUCCACGGCUUUUGAGAAGAUGAACAUCACCCUAAGCCCCAUCUCCCUGCUCAACCAGAGCCAGAAAGACAUGCUGCUGAGUGCUAGUCAGGCUGGACAGCCUCCCAACUUCACCCUCACCCUGGAGCAGCUGGAUCAGAAUAUGACCCAGGGAAGCUUCCUGGAUCUGGCUGCAGAGCUGGAGCAGCUGGCAGGAAAAGUGGGCACAGAUGUGAAGGAGAGCCUGGAAGAUAAUGCUCACACACUGAGGGAGCUGGAAAAGGAGAUGCAGGAGAGCUUCUCUGGGCCACUGCAAAGUCUGAAGGAGAGCAUCUACUCAGUGCAGAGUGGGGCUGUCCAGCUAGAGGGACAGACAGCAGCUGCGCUGGACAAAGCCAAGAAAACCCAGGAGUUCCUGGAGAGGGAGAUGCCAAACAUCAUCAAGAACGAGACAUUGGCCUUCCUGGAGCACCUGCUGGAUUUCUUUGAGACCUACAUUUCGUGGGCCAAGAGCAGGGUGAGAGAAGAUGUGGCACGUUGCAAGCCCAUAGCUCAGUCCUUGGAUAAUGUGGAGGUCAUUGGCUGUGACUAUAUCAUGGACUCUGUGAAUGCCUUUUGGUUCAGCCUGGGCUGGUGCACCUUGUUCCUGCUGCCCAGCGUCAUCCUGGCUGUCAGACUUGCCAAGUUUUACCGCCGCAUGGAUAUUGCUGAUGUGUACAGGAAUGAAGACUUUGAGAUGCCACCAACAUUCAACGCCUACAAAAUCCCCAGGCCUUCCACAAGGCAUUAGCUCCCAUCACCUGCAGAUGGAGGAGGAAAUGGACAGACCCCCUCACUUGAAAAGUGUGACUAUUUAUUUUUGCAGGGAACCUGCCUCUUUCCAAGGCUGUAAUUUUUGAUGUCAAACAAUAAAUGGUGUGUUUGUGUGCACUGUGGGAUGUGGCUGUGCUCCUCAGGUUUAGCAGUGAUGGAAGUACGCAGGGCUAGGGGCUGGAGGGUUCCCCACUGUUGGCACAAGCUGAGCUGUGCCUGGGACCACAGGGCUUUCUGGUGUUCCCAAGUGUGCUCUGCCCACAGCCAGCCUGUGGGUGAUUACAGGAUCACUGCUCAGUGUCACCAAGACUGGGUGAUGUUCCCCUCACUGGGCAGCCCUCUGCACCUCUGACUGGGUGAGUGCCAGGUCCCUCCCUGGGACAAGCCACACAAAGAGCCUCCUGUCUAUGAAGUGCCACCCCAAGCUGUCCCCAGCACAUAAGCACUUCCCUCUGGCAACUCUAGCACGUAUCAUCUGUGGAUUUCCAGUGAGUUUAUGGGGUGCUUGCAGCCCACACCUCCUCUCUGCAAGAUAUGGUGCCAUGGGUACUUCCUGUGCCCACCCCUGCACACACCGUGCUCUGCACAGAAAAAGCUGCAUGCACAGAUAAAUCAGGGUGACUUGGUCUAGAGCCUUGGGGUGAGUUCAGGUAUUGCUUUGUGCUGCUCCUUGGUGCAAGUGCAGGGCCCAUCCCGAAAGCUGUGUCAGGCACAGGGGAUAUACGUGAGCAGCUUGACUCAUUUCCUUUGUAGCAAAGUCCAAGUUUCUCUGGAGCACAGUGAGAGGGCCAGGCCAGCUCCCCCUCCACUACGUGCAUCUCUUACUGUUUUUCCCACUUGCCUUCAGAUCUAAUUGCUAGUUUUUCCUUUGGGCUUUAUCUGAGGCUGCACCGGCCUUACCUCCUGCUGUCUCCCCCCAGCAGAGUGUGACUGCAGCGAGAGCCCUGUGCUUGCCUAUCAGUCAGCUCAAUCUGUCCUUCAGAUUGCUUUGGCCCCUGCUUCCCCCAGGGCUGCUCACCCUUCCUGGUUCUUGCCGUGAGAUAUCCAGCAACCCCUUGGAAAGCAUUCAGCUCAGUUUUUGGCCCUGGACCCUCAGCCUCCAGAAUUCUACUUCCUGUUUGUCUGGGGCCCAUACAUGGAGGCUUCUGCCCCCAGGGCUCAGGCUGUCCCUACUGCGUCAUGUUCCCGCUUCCUCUUCCCUUGCUGUGCCUCGGGGAUGCCUGCUCACACAGGACUGCUGCUGGCUUCAGUUUCUGCUUGCUGGCUUUGUGGACAUUGCCUCUUCCCUGCUCUCUGUUUUCUGCAGAGCCAGUGCUGGCAGGCAGGGAGCUUCACCCUCAUUUACUGUGGCAACCUGCAUCCAAACCCAGCCCUGGCAAUGAAGAUAUUCCCCCAAAUGACUGCACAGCCUUUGCCAGGGUGUGGGGCUUGCUCUCAGCAGCUCCCCAUUCAGUGCAGCUCCAGGGCAGUGUUCCAAUCGCUGGAGCCAUGAGGCUCUAAGAGGUGUUGGGGUCCAUCCAUUAUCCUCCUCCCAAACAGCCCUGGGAGGUGGGUGAGAGCAGAGUCUGGCAAGGCCACCAGCUGCCUGGAGAGGAGGCAAGGACAGCUCAUUACAGAAUGCCCUCAGUGGAUGCCACCAGCUCUCCUGCUCUCCUUUCAGGCCCCGCUCCCUCUGCUCACGUGUGGCAGCUGCCAGAGUGAGAGGGAAACUCAGAGUGCCCCAUGGCCAAAGCACAAGGGACCCCCCACCAAGGAAGGUCUCAUCAAUAGACAGCCAGUCUCUAGGGAACCAUUGCAGCAGUUCCUCUUCCUCUUUGCCAGGCCUUUUUCCACCACAGGGACUUUCCGCAGCCAAGCCCUUCUCUGGGGGAGACUCUGCCACCUCUUUACAGUGGUUUCACAAACAAUAAUCUCCAACGACAGCUCUGACACUGGCAGCAGGAUUUUGCUGAGCCAGCCAGGUGCUCUCUGUAGCUAGUUUUCCUAAAAAAUAGAGAAUUUGCAGCUCUUGAGAAAAAAAUCCUCCCUUCCUCAACUCUCUGUUGGGCCCAGCCACAGCCACGCACGGCCUGGGUGGCCCUUCCCUGUGGCACAUAGCUCCUGCUUGCCUGUGCAGACUCCUGCCUCUGUGGCUUCAUAGUGGUAAGCAGCUGAGUACCACAGAGGGCACGAGCUAGCUGGGCAUGCUCUCUGAGCCCAGCU